AUGCCUAGUCGAGAACCAACCAUACGUCCCCAAGGACACAGCACGCCGCGUCACAGAGAAAGCGCUUGCGACAAUGACCGUGAACUGUACCUUCAAAUUUGUACGCCGGGGCCCGACGGUGCCAUCCAUUGGAUGAUCAUUGAGAAAUUACCAAGAUCUGACCGUUGCACCCGGCUCCACAGCACUGGCUACAAGGGGAAUCGUAAAUUGGCUAUCGAACAUGGCAAGAGAUUUGAAAGCCGAUCAGUCGAACACACACACUAUCUCGGUAAAUUUCAUAGCAGUUACAGUGCCCUUAUCAAAAGAGAGGCUAGCAAGAUUCCACUACAGAGCUGCCAACUCUGGGCCUGUUACCUGAUGCUUAGACUUGAGCGCAAGGGACUGCUCGAAGUGGGGAAAUUCGACCAUUACUGGAACUCUUAUGAGCAUAAUUUUGAUGAACACUAUGGAGAGGGAGAAGAUGAUGAUGCAUGCCCGAUUCAUGGACAUGACGAUGCACGCCGGAUUCAUAGACAUGACGAUGCACGCCCGAUUCAUAGACAUGACGAUGCAUGCCCGAUUCAUAGACACGACGAUGCAUGCCCGAUUCAUCGACGUUAG